GGAGACGAGCGCCGAUCCCCGCAGCCCCUGGACUGCGCUUCCCCCCCUCAGCUCCACCCGGCCCUUCUUCACACCCACCCACCUCCUCUCCCAGAUGAGAGUGUGGACCCUCACUCCCCGGCACCCUACCCUUCCCAGGGCCGAAGCCAUCGGCACUCACUGACUGCGGCUCCCACACGAAGGUCGCUGGGUCACGAUGGAGAAGAGUUUGUCUUGCGGCCGCGCCGGGACCGCGGCGAUGCUGGAUUGCUCGGGCAGCCCAGCCUUCGCCGCCGAGCCGGCAGCCAGCGGAGGCGGCGGCAGCAGCAGCAAAGUGCCGCUGCUCAACCCUUUCGUCAAGAAGAAACACGCCCAGCGGCAGCUGGAGGCGAGGAACCUGCGAGCAUUGGGUCUGCUCCUCACCAGCCUGCUGCGCUCCGACAAGCUGGCCGACGGCGUGUUCGUGGCCCGGGGAUUGUUUGAACCUUUGAAGAACGACUCCGACGAGAGCUCCAAGCCGGGCAGCGACGUGUCCGCUCUCAUCCCAUCUGCGGGCAACCUGGAGCAGAUGAGGAAACCUUCUCCAGCCCCCCAGCCCGGAGCCCCCGCCGACCACUCCUUCCCCACUGACGCUUCCUCGGUCAUCUCCAGCGCCGCCGCCAACUUCCACAGCCCCGCACAUUCCACCCCUAUCCCUAACAACGCUGUCUCCGCCGACUGCUUGGACAACGCCGGCCACCCUCACGCCGUCACCUUGUAUCAAAGGCCACUGUGCCCCGACCUGCUGCAGCAGCAGGGCGACAAAGAUGUAAACACUGGCAUCUUCCAGGACAAGAGCGAGGAGGCAUCCAUCGACUUGGUCUUUGAUCUCUUGACCCAGUUACAGUAUCACACACAUCAGGAUGACGGGAUAGAAACAUGUGAAGAAUUUCUGCAGGGAACUUGUGCUUAUGGAAAUGACUGUCCAAGACACCACACAGUGCUGCCUUAUCAGUGGCAGCUGCGAAACAUUAUAACUCGGGCCUGGCAAGCCGUGCCAGAUGAGGCACAGGAACAUUUGGAAAGACUCUAUUGCAAUCCGGACAACGACCAAGUCAAACUCCAAUAUCAGGGACGUGUCUUCUCGCUGGAUUUUAAUUUAAUGACCGUUUAUGAUGUAGAAUUCAACCAAGUGAGGAGAUUGUCCACUCCUUCCACAGCGAGUUCUGGUUCACAAUUCCACACCGUCUGGAAGUACUAUUGCAGGGAACACUUUGGCUGGAGAGAAUAUUCUGAGGCAGUUGUCCGUUGCAUCGAGGAAGCCUCAUCUCGAGGGAUGAGUGAGAUUUGUUUUGUAAUGCAGCAAAAUAGGUACAUCCUGAAUUUAAUGGAGGGGUUUCAACAGAACGCCGUCAUUGGCACUCGCCGAAGAAUCACUCGAAGACCCUUAUUCCGCUCCCUUGUUCUACUGAUUCCCUGCUUACAAACUUUGGGUGGCACGCCGGGCACUUUUGCGAAGUUACCAGAGGGAUCAAUUUCUCCAGCUAUCGAUAUUCCUGCUGUUACUCCCCUUUCAAAAGUCUAUCCUGAAACAUGGAUUUCAAUGGAACUAUUAGAAGAUUUCAUUCAAGUGCCGGUCUCCAUAGAAGACAAAAGCUACAGGACUGUGUAUAAUCUUUUCCAUAAAACAAUACCAGAAACCAAAUUCAGGAUAUUGAAUAUUCUACGAGUUCAAAACCCGUACCUUUGGGAGAAAUAUAAAAGGAAAAAGGACUACAUGUCACGGAAGAUGUCUGAAAUGGAUAAGAUCCUGAACGAGAGGCAUCUAUUCCAUGGGACCUCACAGGACGCAGUCGAUGCCAUCUGCAAACACAAUUUUGAUCCCAGGGUGUGUGGGAAACAUGCCACCAUGUUUGGACAAGGCAGUUACUUUGCGAGAAAGGCGAGCUAUUCUCACAACUUUUCCAAGAAGUCGCAAGAAGGCGUUCAUUACAUGUUCCUGGCCAAAGUGCUGAUUGGGAAGUACACCUUGGGCAAGCCGACCAUGCGGAGACCGCCGCCACAAUCUCCUGCUGACCCUUCCAGUGAUUUGUACGACUCGUGUGUGGAUAACUGGCUAGAACCUCAGAUUUUUGUCAUCUUUAAUGAUGACCAGAGUUUCCCCUACUUCAUUAUUCAAUAUGAAGAAGUUGGAAGUACCGUAACUGUUUGAUGAAUGGUCACAGACUGGAGAUGCUGCCAUGAACUUAUCUAUACACUAUAGACAGAGAUAUGUGCAGACAGAACUUACUGAUAAACUCAAUGACAUGGCCAACAGCCAGUGUAAGAAUACUGCACUGGCAGUACCCUGACAAGUGUAAAUAACUAAGUACAUUGCCUUGAACAUUGUUCAAAUGUUUAUGUGCCUCUUUGUUUGUGAAUGAGUGUAUUUAUAUAGAAAAAAUGUUGCCCAUUUUUAAUUAAUUCUGAAGUAUUUGAGAAAUGUAUACUUGACUUGAGUACAGUAGUUUAUUUUUUAAUUAUCAGAAGCUGAAGUGUGGAAAUUAAAUGUUGAGCACUUUUUAAACCAA